AUGAAAGCCAUAGACAUCACACCCGACGGCAUAAUCGGCCACUCGUUUGGUGAGAUCGCCUGCGCUUACGCUGACGGAUGUCUGUCCACAAGGGAUGCUAUGAUUGUCGCCUACUUUAGAGGGUUUUUCACCGAAAACGAUAAGAAAAUACCGAAGGGUUUGAUGGCAGUCGUGGGUCUCUCUAAGGCCGAGACAAAGAAAUUAUGUCCGAAAGGGGUUCACAUUGCUUGUCAUAACUCUAAAGAUAAUGUUGUUGUUUCCGGUCCCAUAAAAGAAAUGGAAGAAAUGGUGAAAACAUUGGAAGAAAAGGCAGUAUUUGUUCGACGACUACAGAGCAGUGAAAUCCCAUAUCAUUCACAAUAUCUCAUAUCCAGUGCACAGCCUAUGACUGACGCCAUCAAUAAAUACAUACCUAAUCCUAAACUUCGGUCCAAGAAAUGGAUCUCUACUUCUGUCAUGAAUACCGACCAACAGGACCAAUCUUUGAAAUAUGCUUCAGGAGAAUAUUUUGUAUAUAACCUAAUGAACCCGGUUAAUUUCUACGACAAGCUCAAGGAACUACCGACUGAUGCCGUUAUCCUAGAGAUAGGUCCGCAUUCUCUCUUCCAGAAAGUGGUGACCGAAACACUGGACAACUCGUCGUACGUAUCGCUCAUUAAAAAGGACUCAAACGAUAUAAAUCUGGAUAUGUUUUUGUCCGGAUUGGCAACACUUUACGAAUUGGGUUACAAUCUAUCCAUUGAAAGUCUGUACCCACGGGUAGAGUGGCCGGUUCCGAGGGGUACGCCGUCUAUUGGGUCGAUAAUGAAAUGGGAUCACAGCCGACAAUUCGGCCACAGACUAUAUCCAUUGAAAUACUGCCGUGCUACAUCAUCUGACAUGCACUUUACCGUAGAUGUGGCUCUCAUGAAAUCAGAUACUUUCUACCUGGAUCAUGCUAUUGACGGAAAUGCCUUAUUCCCAGCAACAGCCUGGCGCAAAUUGGCAGCCACGCUUGGCAAGUUGUGGUAUCAGGUGCCAGUAGUGUUUGAAAACGUUCAAUUAAAACGGGCUGUUUUUAUAACUGAAUCCGCGAAAACUGUGCUCACUGUUAAGUACUACCCCAUCACAGACGAGUUUGUAGUGCUGGAGAACGACAACGUGUGUGUCGUGGGUCGGGUGCGAUCACCAGAUGACGAGGUAUUACUGCAACAAAACAAGAUAUACGACAAACAGAUCCACUCCCUGUCCGACAAGAAGUACACAUUAGAGCGCAAAGACAUCUACAAAGAGUUGGGUGUUUUGGGUCUCGAUUACGGACCGGAGUUUCAACGACUGCGCAAAGUCGGCACAAAUGACUUUAAAGAGAUAUACGGCGUAAACGAGUGGGCCGGGAGUUUCAUCACAUAUAUGGACGCACUCCUGCAGUCCAUGGCAUUUGCGGCGCCUUUCCGUAAACUAAUGGUGCCGGUAAUGAUACGGGCGUUACGAGUCGACCCACGGGUGCUGUUCGACGGACUUCGCAAGAGUCGUAAUAUUCAAGAGCCGGUGGUUGAGUCCAUUGAAGACUAUGCCACUCAAGACGAUAUGGAGAGCUUGGCUAACCCAUUAACAGCGGUCACCAAGUCUGAAGUGGAUAGUGCCAAGCAAGAUUUACCGGAUGUCAUGCAAUUAUAUUCGGCUGAACUGAGCAAGCUACACGAGAGGUACGCCAUAUUCUCGGCUGAUAUGCCCUUUUAUUUCAACGCCAAAUCCAAACGACUGGUCACUCAUGGCAUCGAAGUGGAGGAUAUCAUGGCUUUCCCUAUACCGAGACGUUCGGAUACCAUGGAUCUGGUGACCGACACGUAUGAGUUUUACGCUAAUGAAGACCUGGAGGCUAUCGAGCCAUUAGAAAGAAAAUUGUUGACGGAUUAUGUGGAGGUUUGCAAAGCUAUGGCCGUUAAAGUGAAACAAAUGGGUUUCAAAGAAAUGAAAUGUGAUUUCAAUUACCAGUCGAUUAGCGAUGAAGUGAUAGAAGAAGUUAUUGAUAAAAUACUGUCAGAAUUGACGGAUGAAAAUAAAAAUAUCAAAACCGAUGCCAAUAGACAUAAAGUAUUGAACGAAAUUUACGCGAAUCCUGAAUACGAUUUGAGUAAAGACUUAAUAAACCAGAUCUCAAAGAAUGAGCGAUUGAUCCGAACUCUUGUGGACAUUGUUUCCGAAAACUAUGUCACGACUAAUGACUUGAAGAUAACUGAAAUCAACUUAAGUAGUGAUGUAUUGGCCAAAGAUGUGGACCACUUGUUGACUCAAUUCCGUAUCAUUCCCUUCAAUACGGAUUACAAACUGAUUGUGAAGUCCAAAGAGAAUGUGAACGAAGUCUUCAGAAAUAAUGCCACGGAAUGGGACCCGAAGGACGACCUCUCACUAAAACCGUCACAUUUGGUGAUAAUGAGAGACUCACCGGACUUAUGGCACAAGGAUUUGAACGGAUUCAUACAAGACAUGUCCGACAAUAUACAGGAAAAGGGUUUCCUAUUAACGGUAUUCCGCUAUAAGUUUACGGAACCGGAACUGGCGUUGAACUCAUUGAACGGAAAGGCUGUUCUCAAUAAUACAGAUCUUGAGAAUCUUGGCACUAAAUACGACACAAUAGGAACAGUAGCCCUAUUAUUCCGGCAAAUCCUGGAAACACCUAAAAUUCCCGAUCAAACGGAUGUAAUAAACGUUACUUUGGAUUACAAUCAAUGGUUUGGAGUAUUGCAGGAAAAACUGAUUACCGCUAAGGAUGCGGACAAUAAGACGGAUAACAUAUGGUUGACAGCAAACACGUCGUCUAUUAACGGCAUAAUAGGUCUCAUGAAUUGUGUCCGAUUAGAACCGGGAGGAGAGAACAGCCGUUAUAUUUUCAAUUACGACAACAAUAGUGAGAAAAUAGACUUUAAUGUCAGCCCUUAUAAGGAAAUACUGGCCAACGAUUUGGUGGCGAAUGUGAUAAGAGAUGGAAAAGUGGGAACUUAUCGACACUUAAAACUGCCUAAAGAUUGCGAUAAAGUGCUGACAAACGAGUAUUACUUGAAUUUGGGACAAACCAGAGACUUAGCGGGACUUCAAUGGUAUGACUUGAGGACUAUAAUCCCUCCUAAAGAACAGUACGACUUCGUGGGUAACAGAGUUACCAAACAUAAGGUCAAUAUAUACAGCACUGGUCUCUCAUUUCACGACGUUAUGCUCGCAACAGGUCGCAUACCUCCCGGUCCUGAAGUCAUAUUCACUGACUGCACGAUCGGCGGCGAGUUUGCCGGCCGUCGUAUAGACACCGGUGAGAGGGUUAUGGGUAUGGAAGCGGGCCGUUGUUUCGCCACUUCUACCUACUGUUCCACACACGGCAUGACUCACAUACCGGAGCACUGGUCUAUGGACGACGCUGUGUCGGUACUCAGUACAUACAGUACCGCAUAUUAUGGACUCAUUCAAAAGGGUAGACUAAGGAAAGGCGAAAGUAUUUUAAUUCAUUCGGCGGCGGGAGGUGUGGGUCAGGUGGCCAUCAAUAUCGCCAAACACUAUGAGUGCGAUAUCUUUGUGACGGUCGGGACGGAAGACAAGAGAGUAUUCAUUGAGAGGGAGUAUAACAUACCGACGAACAGGAUAUUCAACUCCAGAGACAUACUCUUCAAGAACCAGAUAAUGGAGAUAACGGACGGUCGGGGCGUAGAUGUGGUACUGAACUCACUGUCGGGCGAGAAACUGGAUGCGAGCUACGAGUGUGUGGCUAACCAUGGUCGCUUCAUAGAAAUGGGCAAAUUUGACAUGUUGCAAAAUAAGAAGCUGGGUAUGUUUGACUUCAUACGGAGUGUCAACUUUAUACCCGUGGCUAUCGAUCUCGUACUCGUCGAUGACAUCGGCUUUUUGCCGGAGUUUUAUGAAUGGGUUCACAAAAACUGUGGGCCCGGAGGGUGUGUCCGACCCAUCAAUCAGACAACUUUCAAGGCUACCGACGCUGAAAAGGCCUUCCGGUAUAUGACAACCGGUAAACACACGGGAAAAAUCAUAUUGAAGAUGAGGGAAGAGGAGACCGAUAGGCGUCCCCUUAAAGCACACAAACCUUUGCCCGAAAUUAAGGCUCAGGCGAAGACAUACUUCGAUCCAAACAAAGUCUAUAUAGUCACCGGAGGGUUGGGUGGGUUUGGGAUGGAACUCAUACCAUGGAUGCAAUACUACGGCGCCCGUAGGUUUGUGGUCACCUCGAGGUCCGGCGUGAAGACUGAUUACCAGAAGUUUGUGUUCAACCGAUUCCGAGAAGUCUGGAAGGAUUACAAGUUUUUUGAGUCCCAAUGGAUUGUCUCGACUGCCGAUGGGUUUACUAUUGAAGGCACACAACAACUGUUAAAAGAGGCUCAAGAGUUGGGACCCAUUGGAGGGGUAUUUCAUUUGGCGCUUGAAUUGAAUGACUGUUUGAUAGAGAAGUUAACGUUUGAUAAGUUUUGUUCGUCUAUUGAUACCAAA